CAAAUCGCAUCGGAAAAUGAUCAUGUCAAAGCAAAAGUUUGAAAUGGAGAUUGGAAAAGCUGUGUUCGUUAUCAUUUUAUACGUAUCCUUCUUGCAUUGCUCUGCAAAGAAGUCCCCAAUAACCGGUGGAAUAUCCAGAAUUGACCCAGAGGAUCUUCGUCAGUAUCCUGAUUUGGUAAAAGGAGUGAAAUCAUUCCUGGAUAAGCUGAACGCAAAGUCAACUGCUGGAACUGUCCACAAGCUAGUAUGUGCAAGCGUCCAAGCUUCAUCACAAGUUGUUCAGGGCGUUCUGUAUCGUGUUGCGUUCAAUACUGAACAAGUGGAUAAAGGAGUGGCACAAGGAGAGUCUUGCAUCAACAGAGGCGACUUUGUUGAGAAGGGAGAGGGGAAGUUUAUUUGCAUCAGUAUUUGGGAAAGACCUUGGCUAAAUAAUAUGUCUCCUGAAAUCAAGGAAAACAAAGAGGGCAAAGAUGUCGAGUCUUGUUUGGGGGUGAGCAACUAAUGAAACGAUCUGGAUACAAUCUUGAGCUUUGUUUAAACUUUACCUGUCUUUGUAGGGAAUUUUCUCUUAAUAUGCUCGCUAAAAAUUGUACGGAGAAUUCAAAGGAGAAUUAACUUGCUGCUCAUUGAAACCAACAUGUACAGUUUUUUGUAGUAACAAGGAAGUACUUGUAAAGAAACUGUUCUAAAUAUAAAUCAUGCAUCAUUUUCAGUUUUGCCUUGUAUGGCGUCAUCGUUUCAUUCAGAAUGUAUUUCACUUUCUAGUUGUUUCUUCAUUUGCUCACAAAUUUUUAUGAUAACAAUUGUGAUCAAAACUGUAAUAAAAUUUUUGAACUUGACUGGUUAUCACCAGCCCAAUAUUUGAGCUCUAAUAGGACAGUGUAGGUAUCAUGCUUGUAAUUGGACAGUGUAUGCAUCAUCCAGUAUAAAUGGACAGUAGGUAUCAUCCUGUGUGACAUUGCGCAUCAUUUGCACACAUUUCAGCCUGUUAAGUGGUGUCUUUCUUCAUAUUUUUGUUUUUGUUUUCCUUUUUUAUGAAAACGAAAAUGGAUGGUUGGUUGGUUCUCUAAUGUUUUGAUAGUUUUUGUUAAUUGGUAACAGGACCUCUGUCAUCCAAUUCUGUCUUUAAUUAUACAUGGAGUAAACAAAUUGGACACAUGCAUCUAGGGUUGUCCAAUAUUUCCAAAGACUCCUUUGAUUACAGACUGAAUGGGACUCCACUCAGUUUUAUUACCAUUACCAAUUACAUACACGUACUGAUAUUAAAAAUACAUGGCAUAGCACUGAAUUACUGUAAGAAUGUAUUUU